CCCAGUAGGGUUCCCCCAACAGCACCGGAGAAAAUCAGCUAAUCGAGUAUCUAUCUAUCUACUCAGCUAAGGUUAGUUCAAUAGCCUGCAGCUCUUCCAAUCAAUAAUGCAGCUUUUGCAACCCCUCUACUCCCAAUGCCAGACGGAACAUCACUCAGACCUACUAGAUUUCUCAUCCCGGCCCGUAGCUCUCGACACAGAAUAGCAUGUCUUGCCCUAUACCGCGCGCUCUUGCGCCUUGCGCCGCAGAUCUCCCUUCCAGAUGAUCUUGCGACAGGCUGGGGCCCAGGGAAGAAUCCCGUAGCGAUCCAUAUACGGCGCGCGUUCAAACACAAUGUAGGCGACACGAGCCCGCGCAUCCUGUAUCCGGCUCUGAGCGCUGGCUACCGCAUGCUCUCUGUCCUCCACGACGCUGCGACCGCGCCCAACUCGGAGCACCAUGCCUCGAUUAUUAAACUGUUGCAGUCGCGCCUCGAAGAACGAAAGCGUAGUCUUGCUAACCGGCCUGCUCCUCGGCCGUCGUACGAUCCAGAGUCCGACAGGCCACGCCCCGGAACUAUUCCCCUGAUUGUUAAAGUAUCGCCUCCCCCAAAUGCGUUCGGCCCAACCUCGAAACCCACCUACGCUAUUCCAACCCGCCCGCGUCCAUUAUCCGAACUAGGCGGAACCGGCAAACGAAAGGUUCCGCACAUCGACAUGGCAAGCGAUAUCCCAUUCUUGCGCCUGACAAAGCCACAGCCUGCAAUACUGAGCCGAGUGCUCAGGCAAAAGGUGAACAAGCGGAUAGCGCGUACAGAGCUGUAUACGGCUCUACAGAAGGAAGCGCUUCCCAACGCCAAGAUUGAAGAUGCUUGGGACGCGGAGAUCGAGCGUCUUAUGCUGAGCGAGAACAAAUCGGAGAGCAACAAGAACAAGACCCCGGGAAAGCGAUCCUCUGGCGGGGGAUUGCAAGAUUCACAGAACGGGAUCGAUGGGGGGUCAUACGCGGAAACGAUACAACGCCACGGUACCAAUGAAUUGUUGACAAUUUUGACGACCGAGCGCAUGAAUGAAGUGGCACGCGCCGAUGCCAUGCGCCAGAUCGUCAACCAAGAGAAAGCGCUCGCGGCCCAGGAGAAGGCACAGAGGACUGCCGAGAGACGGGCAAGGUGGGAAGCUAAGAUGCUAGAGCAACACGGCGAGGGAUGGAGGGAAUUAUUCCCACACUUCAAAGAGAGGAAGGCGAAGCCCGCGGACUAGUGACGAGGACAAGUAUUCUCAGAUAUGAAGUAAUUACGAUGCCUUGAGAUCUUGUAAAAUACGCUCUUGGCCUGUAUCGUGUAUCACCACAACUUCAUUUAGAUACCCUAUGUAGAAAUACUUAUCUAAAGAAUCACUGACGAACGUUUCGCCUGGGUACUUCGAACACAAAACCAUGAUAUCAUUACCAAAAAGGAGAAUACAGAGAGCUGAUGGGUCGUAAUACCUAUUGCUAUAAGCUACUACG